ACCACUCUUACUACAGUUAUUCCGGAUGGAAUGGCAAGUCGUCGUCCGAUCACCAGUUUUCGAAUAUCAGACUAUUCGAUGAGAACGUGGAGAGGGUACGUCGGGCCGCACCUGACAAAUCGGUAGUGACGACUGAGCAAAACGAACAAUUACCUAAGGAUCAACCAUCGGCGCAGCCGCAACAGCAACAGCAGCAGCAAUCGCAACAACAGCAACAGCAACCGCAGCCGCAGCAGCAACCACAGCAGCGGCAACCGCAGCAGCAACAGCAGCAGCAGCAACAACCACCGCAAUUACAGCAAGCAAACUCGGCAACACACUCAAUGCCAAACACAACUAUCGCAUCCGACGUAACGUAUUCCACGGCUUACUCGACCAGCGAAGCCACCUCGACUACCGUCCGGCCGGUUGAUCCUACUUCCAGUUUGAAGCCCGAUUUUAAGAAGAAGGCGUCGCAGGCACCAAAUCCUGCAACUGACACGGCAACGCUACAUGUAUGGGCGAAUCGCACCCUGUCAAAUCGCAAUAUCACCGGCAUCCCCAAGGAGCAGCAGCCGCCGGAACCGUCGCCGGUGAAGGACACGACGGAGGACGCCACGAAACCGGACGAUAUCGGCGACAUUUCGAUCAGCAAGUUCUCCGACGUGACCAACAGCACGCUCACGCAGAACAACAUUACCAAGACGGUCUACGAUCAUCAUCACUAUUACAACAGCACGUUUAUUGUCGAUGCCGAUAUCUGUAAAAAAUACUGGGUCGACAUGGACAAUCACCCGGAUCUCAGGGUCAAUCAUCUGCUUAGCCAGAGCCAUCGGCGCGCCGCGACCGUCAAGCUGAAGUUUGAUUUUCCAUUCUACGGCUAUAACGUGCGCAAUAUCACGAUCGCUACCGGCGGUUUUCUAUACACCGGCGACUACGUGCACAGCUGGCUGGCCGCCACCCAGUACAUCGCACCGCUCAUGGCGAAUUUCGAUACCCGCCUGUCGAACACCAGCUACGUCAAGUACGCUGACAAUGGCACGGCGUUUACGGUCGAGUGGGAAAAGGUGGUGCUGCAGGACAGGCCGAAAGCCGGCGCGUUCACUUUCCAAGUGACCCUGCAUAAAAACGGCGACAUCGUGUUCGUCUACUCGGUGAUACCCGUCCUGGUCGAGAAAAUCGCGGACACCCUGCAUCCCGUCAAGGUCGGCCUCAGCGACGCCUACAUCAUGGACCGAACUGUGUUCUUCGUACGCCGGAAAACCAUUUACGAGUACCACCGUGUCAACUUCAACCGGCAGGACAUAAUGAACUGCACGGUCAUCUAUCUGAAGGCGUUGCCCUCGUGCCUCAGUUUCGACAACUGCCGGGACUGUCUGACGAAGGUGCCGGACUUCGAUUGCAAGUGGUGCUCGGAGCUGAGCAAAUGCAGCACCGGCACGUCGCGGCAGCGGCAGGAGUGGCUGCUGAAGGGCUGCGACAUCCGCAACAUCAAGGAUACAGACAAUUGCCCGGCGCAGGUCUACAGGGGUGAUCAGUACGACCACGACGGUCACGUGCAUCCUGAGGAGUCGGUUGCCACCAAUGAGAUGGGCGCGAAGCAAGAACGGUCGGGCAACAGUGCCUUGGAAAGUCCUAAUUCGAACAAGGUGAAUAUGGGCGUUUCAGGGAUAAUCGGCAUUCUUACCGUCAUCGCUUUAGUGGUGGGUCUCGCGGGUUGGGGUGUAUACGCUUAUCGCAACCCUCACAGCGCAUCAGGCCAAAUGCUGAUCAGG